GGUUGCCUUCUGUCCUGCUAUUCACUCGGUACAAUUGAACGUUAUUCUGGAGCAUACAACGCGUGCACCGUUUUCGUUUUUAUCGGCUCAUUCAAAUGACUGGGAUUGUUGCAGCCUUUAACAUCACUUCCUUUUUUGACCGCUGUGGUUUUUCUAGAUGCAGCAAAAACCUGCUGUCUUAGAGUCAAGUUCAGAAGCUCUCCAAAAUACAGCUGAGGAAUAAAGAAAAUUUCGCGUUUAUUCGUUUCACCUGGUUAAAACAAGAUGCGAUGACGGAUUUUCUUCACUUUACACGCUGGGAAUGGCCUGGGCGAAUUAUUCAUUGUAUCUUUUGAAUUAAAUAAUUGUGUUUGCCAUCGAAACUAAUCAGAAUUCUUACGAUAUAGGGUAAUACCAAGUACACACAGGUAAAAUAUUAUAGUAAUGGAUACCACGGUGAAUUCUGAGAAAUCUCACCUUAUUAACGAAAAGAACGCGAAGAUGUAUUCACUCAAACUAAAAAGCCCAUUCUCGGGGUCCAAGGAGGGGUACCCCAACUUCCCGUUCGAGAAUGGGGACGCGGCGGGCCCUAUCGAACUGAAGCAGCCCGUCGGCACGCACUGCCACGGCAACAAGACCGUUUAUGGGGAGACCCGUGAGAAGCUGAUCGCUAGGAAGAAGCUGUACAUCGCUUCCACGGUUUGCCUGAUCUUCAUGAUCGGAGAGGUCAUAGGAGGCUACCUGGCCCAUAGCUUAGCCAUCAUGACAGACGCGGCGCACCUCCUGACGGACUUUGGCAGCAUGAUGGUCAGCCUCUUCUCCCUGUGGAUCUCCUCCAGGCCCCCGACCAAGACCAUGAACUAUGGAUGGCACCGAUCGGAGAUCCUGGGAGCGCUGGUGUCGGUGCUGUCCAUCUGGAUCGUGACGGGAGUGCUGGUGUACCUCGCCAUCGAGAGAAUCGUCCGGAAUGACUACGAGAUCGAGGGCCACGUGAUGCUCAUCACCUCUGGCUGUGCGGUUGGGGUCAAUAUCAUAAUGGCCUACAUCCUGCACCACUCCACCACCUUCCACAGUCACGGCUCAGGGUACCAAAAGAUCGACGAGGGCGGGGCCAGCCCGGUCAGCCACGGCCACUCGCACGGCCUCCUGGGAGGUCACAGCAACACCAGCGUGAGGGCGGCCUUCAUCCAUGUGAUGGGGGACCUAUUACAGAGCGUGGGCGUGCUGGUGGCUGCCAUCAUUAUCUACUUCCGGCCUGAAUACAAAAUAGCCGAUCCCAUUUGCACCUUCCUGUUCUCCGUGUUUGUCCUGGGGACCACCAUCACCAUCCUGAGGGACGUCUUCAGGAUACUCAUGGAAGGGGCUCCCAAGGGGGUGGAGUUUAACUCUGUGAAGGAGGUGCUGCUGUCCCUGAAGGCGGUGAAGGCCAUGCACAGCCUGCACCUGUGGGCCCUGACCUUGGGCCAGUCGCUGCUGUCCGUCCACGUCGCCAUCGAGGAGAACGCCGACCCCCAGUGCGUCCUCAGAGAGGCCACGGAGCUCCUCCGGACCAAGUUCGGCUUCUACUGCACCACCAUCCAGGUGGAGCGGUACUCCGAGGACAUGGCUCACUGCGACCAGUGCCAGGACCCUACGGACUGAGGUCCCCAUGGCAACCGCCGCCUUUCC